AUGAACGAGAUACGUGAAGUGGCAGAGGCUUACUAUGCAAGAGCAACAGUAGACGAGAAAAACUCGGCCCUGGAUUUUUUCCGAUCACUGGACGACAACAACGACGGCACGAUCAGCCAUGCGGAGUUCCGGAAACUAGUGGAUCCAUCUUUAUCUACCGACAAACUGUUCAAGGAGCUCGACAAAAACAACGACGGCACACUUGAUUUCAACGAGGUCCUGGCCCUCUACUACAUCCAGAAAUGCGGCGCGCGUUUGUGCGACGUGUGCCGCGAUAUCCUGCUUACGUCGUACUUCUCUUGCCUCCUCUGCGAGAAGCACCUCCCGUAUUCCUUCGACCUCUGCUGCGGCUGCUACGGCGGUGGGGCGUUCGAGCACCGUCACCCGCCGUCCAAAUUCAUCGACAACCGUUCGAUACGGCUGCUGCUUGAUAAGAUCAUGAAACACGCCGAAGUUAGCGAAUCCGGUGACGAUGUUAAAUUAGUGACGGCAAAGGAACUUUUCGACGCGUUUGGUAACGGUGUAAAGAUUGGCAAUGCCGCAGUUCACAUUGGCAAUUUCGCAGUCGUCGCCGGCUGUUGCAUCAUGUAG